AGUACGUAGUCUCUUCUUCUCUCCAUGCAACCCAUUCGCCCACUGCGGGCGUCAACGUUGAGGGUCGGAAGUCUUCUGUCUAGGUAAGCCGUCCAUUUUGAUAUUAAUCUAUGGCUUUUCCCUGCACUUGCAUGAUGAGACAUACCCUUCCAAAUUACAGAACCGCUGCAUUGAAGCUUGGUUUUCCAAGUUAUGAGUAACAAGGAAGCUUUAUGUCUUCUGAUUUAUACUUGUCUUUGACUUACUCACAUUCUUGACUCGUGUUGGUUUGACAGCUUGCUAAUAGCAUGUUCAGUGCAGGACUUCCGAUCCCCCGUACUAAUCAUGCACAUGGCCAAUUUGCUCAAGUAAUCCAACACUCACACGCACUUUUAGUGCAAACAAGGCACAGCAGCAACACCAGCGUCAAUGGGUAUCCUCGCAGAGUCUUUAAGAGGCGAGUGCAGCGGAUUGAAAAAGCCGUUACCGAGCCAUACCCCCGGCUUGCGUCCAACGAGAAAACAUUGACCACUGGGGAAUUUCGUUCUCGCUACCACCGCCUAGCAAAUAAUGAAACCUUAGAGAAAGAGAAAGUCAUCCUCAAUGGUAGGGUGCGUACCUUAAGACUUAUUGGAAGCAAUUUGAUAUUCUUCGAUCUCAUCCAAAAUGGCGAUAAAGUCCAAGUCAUGUGCAAUCGCCGUCUAUUUGAGGAUGUCCCUCCGGCGACCUUCAAGCAGUUCUACCGUCUGCUCCGCCGUGGCGAUGCCUUCUCCGUAACAGGUUUUCCUACGAAAACGGAUAAAGGAGAACUCACCCUUCUGGCGAGUGAACUGCCUCAGCUUCUGUCGGCUUGUCUGCACGACAUUCCGCUGGAUGCCAAAGGACAGGAGAAUUCGCCCUACCCCCGGCAUGUCCAGUUUCUCGCGGACCAGGAGACGAAAUACGUCCUCCAAGCCCGGUCGGCAAUCAUUCAAUACAUUCGCCAGUUCUUCCUUGACCGGGAGUUCAUGGAAGUCAACACUCCUAUCAUCGAAGCGGUUGCCGGAGGCGCAAUCGCGCGUCCAUUCCAUACCAUAGCCACCGAGUUCCCUGAUCGCCAAUUGUCGUUACGAAUUGCGCCGGAACUCUGGUUGAAGCGCCUUGUGAUAGGAGGCUUUGACCGGAUAUUCGAGAUCGGGCCCUCGUUCCGCAAUGAAGGCCUUGACAAGACUCACAACCCCGAGUUCACCACAUGCGAAUUCUACCAGGCCUAUGCUAAUUUGGAAGAUCUCAUGUCCACAACCGAACAGUUGCUGGGGGGGAUGGCUGAUCGUAUUCGUGAACUUCACGAAAAUUCCCCCUUCACCGAGAAAGGCACCUUGGCACCGUUCUAUCAGUUCAACUUCCAUGGGCCAUUCCGCCGACUCGACUUCAUACCCGCUAUUGAGAAGGAAAUCCAGGGCAAGCUCCCUGACCUCUCGUCCCCUGAUGCUCUGGAGCAGGUGAAGGACAUAUUCCGUGACAUUGAACACCCACUCCCCGACAAAGUCACCCUCCCCCGACUGCUGGACGAACUGUGCAGCAUCUACGUUGAGCCCCAGUGCAUCAACCCGACCUUCAUCGUCAACCCGCCCGAGUGCUUGUCACCGCUGUCCAAGACCUUCGUCCAUCCCACCACCGGCCAGCGUGUCGCCGCACGCGGAGAGCUCUUCAUCGACGGACGCGAGAUGGUGAACACUUAUGAAGAGGAGAACUCGCCGUUCGAGCAGCGUCGCAAGUUCGAAGAUCAGGUUCGAUACAGCAAGGAGGCCAAGGAGUCGGAGAAAAUCGACGAAAGCUAUCUGGAGGCGCUGGAGUGGGGCCUUCCUCCUACUGGCGGCUGGGGAUGCGGAAUCGACCGUCUUUGCAUGCUGUUCACGGGCAAGACAAGAAUUGGAGACAUUCUGCCAUUUGGCAAUUUGCGGAGGGUGAGCUCUCCCCACAUUGCGCAGCCUAUGAACCAGGCUGGUGAAGACGAGGAAGAGAUCUAGACCUUAAGAUGAGCCCCAGUGACUGGGGAUCCUGGCUAGACACGUCGACGCGUCUUGCGGCGGCUCUCCCAUUGGUCCGUGACGGAAAGUGGAUUUUCGCGAUUGCUUGCAGUUCAGGGGUUUUAUAUAAGUGUUGCU